AUGCCAGUUAAAGCUACGUCUGUCAGUACUGAAGAAGAAAUAGAGGAUGACCCCCAGCACGAGACGUCACAAACCAGAGAGACCGAAAUAAGUACACACUUCCUGUGGGACCUGGGCGAGGAAGUAGCGGAGCAGAGGGAAGUGGCGGAUGGCGACGAUACCGACGCAGACGUCGACGGCGGCCCGCUGGAGCGCGCCUGCUCUUGCGAAGGACCCGCCUGCACGUGCUGCGUGGACUUCAAUUUCACCUACGUCGAUCUCGGUGGCCCAGGAUGUGUGGAGAUGACAUACCUGUCUCCUGCUGAAGGAAUUAAUGUCAAUAUUUCUUAUGGAGACAAUGUCCUUCUGAGUGAAGCAAUCAAGGGUGCAAAACCAGAUCCAGUGUGUCUAAAUAUGCUGGGUGGCCUCACACAACUGUGCGCACGAUUUAGUGAUCUUGCACCUACCUCUGAUGGGUUGAGAUGGUGCUUGCAGUUGGAACCUGCUCUACUUGGUGAUGUACAAGCUCAGUUCCCACUUGGCUGCUUUCGAAUGGGAUCAAAUGGAAUGGUUCCGGAUCCACCAGUGAAUGCCACACUGCCACCAGCCAAUACCGUUGAGACAACUGAUGAAGACAUCAAUGAAGAAGCUUUAAUUGCAGCAGUAAAUGAAUCAGCUGAAGAAAGUAUUUCAUUCCUGAGUAAUCUUUUAGGAAUUACAUUGUCAGGAUCAAACAAAACUCAAGAACAAAACACAACUGAAGUAGCAACAGAAUCUUCAGAGAAUCCAGAAAGCAAAAGGUCAUUGCAGCAACAUAAAAAAACAUUCAUAAAAAGUGCAAAUGAGAAGUUGUGAAAUCAUUUCUCACAGC